AUGGGAGCUGCCUCUUCCAGAUGCAGGACAUCUUUCUUCGAAGAUGAAUUUCGAGUGGAUGACUCACGGUUCAUCGACCCAGCCUUCCCUCCGGUGCCAAGCUCCUUGGGAGAGCCGAAGGCUGGCCGGCUCUUCAUCACAGAGGAGCAGCGGCAGAAAACUCGCUGGAUUCGGCUACCGGAACUUCUCCACUUCAACCAGGAGAUCUCCACCUCUGAGCUGGAGCAGCGUGGCCAGUCGGAGCUGGCCUGGAAGGGCAUGAGCGCGAGCGAUUUGGCUCAGGGUCACCUGGGGAACUGCUGGCUGGUGGCCAGCAUCGCCACCAUCGUGAAGCGCCCCACCUGGAUCCGGAAGCUCUUUGUGGAGGCGGACCUCGUCGCAGGUCGCUUUGUGAUUCAGCUCUACGACAUGGCAGCGGCGAGGUGGGAGAUGGUGGAGGUGGACGACUUUGUGCCAUGCACGCUGGAGGACGACUGGUCCGAGGUGCCGUACGCAGAGCAGGAGGACGGCACCCGGGUCUACAACUACAACGACAUCUACACCAAGCAGGGCACCAAAGCGCUCCGCAAGAGGUGGGUGCCCCUCUUUGGCAGGCCCAAGGGCCGACAAGUUUGGGCGCUGAUCCUGGAGAAGGCCAUGGCCAAGUUCGUGGGGUCCUACGCCAACCUCUCGGGGGGCACCGAGCCCUUCGCGCUGAUGGCCCUCACGGGGUUCCCUUUGGUCUACGUCUUCCAGCGGCCCCCCACGGAUCGCACGGAGACCGCGGCUCGCCCGAACCACUGGCAGUGGCGGGGCGCCCAGUACCACUGCCGAACCUCCACGGGCAUCGGGUCACAGCCACUGCCUGUGCCGGAUGAUCUGCUGGACGAGGAGCUUUGGCCGAAGCUGCUGCAGUACAUGCAAAGGCGGUGCCCAGUGACGACGUCCAUCACGCGCUUCGCGGCGGUGGCGAGCGCACGGGACUACUACCGCCAGGACGGGCUCAUCUCGGGGCACGCCUAUGCCAUGCUGGAUGCUCGGGAGGUUCAGCUGACGGGCCGGAGCCUACGCCUGGUGGCACUGAAGAACCCUCAUGGGGAUUGGAAGGCGGAUGGAGGUUCUUGGUCCUGCACCUGGGCCGGCGACUGGGGCCACGAGUCCAUCUGCUGGCAAAGGCACCCGGAAGUGGCGAUCCAGCUGGAGCGUGGUGGCGCGGUGAGCUUCCAGCCAGGGCUCGCAGCAAGCCCCGCCAGCCCCACACAAGCGGCUCUGAUGUCGGAGUCCUGCUUCUGGAUGCCUUGGGACGGCUUUACGCUGACCUUCGACAAGCUCUGCGUGCUGCCGAAGCCCUUGAGCGAAGACCCGGCGGUGGAGAUGAGUUUGCCCGCCACCAUCCCCACGGUGCAGCGUGGCGCUUCGCCCUCCGCCGCCGCGCCGGAGCUUCCAGGCCUGGCGCAGGCGCCGCAGGCGCUGAGACGAGAGCUGCGGCAAGUCACCGUGAUCUUCGACCCCUACCUCACCAUGCCAGACUUCCUGGAAGACGGCAGUUUGGAAACGCGGCUCUGCUGGGAGGCCACAAAGCCAAACCACUUGCACACGCUUCUGGAGGCGAACCGCAAGAACGGGGAGGGGCCUUUGUCCAGCUACGUGAUGCUACGGGACAUGGUGAUGAACCUGGGCCUGGAGGGCGCGGCGGAGCCUGGGGGAUACCAGGGCUGCCGAUGCCGCUGGCAGCCGAAGCCCCGGGCCUCGCUAAAGGCGCUGCUGCCACCAGAGGAGGAAGACUCCUACUUGGGCGGCUGUGUGGUGGCAUGA